UCGAACAGUCUACGUCGUCUACGAAGUACGUGCACGUUGGUGCACGUAAAUUUUUCUGCUGCAUUCAAACCAGGCUUGCUCGGUUAGCUCCGCUUGUUGUUUGUCGGCGAAGAAUCGUUUUCUCUUGAAUUAGUCGGUGACAGCGAGAAUUAUCAGGACUGUGUCCUGCAAAAAGAUUACGAAGUCACGUGACAGCGUCUGAAUCGAGAUCUUCACACUACACUGCGUGACACGAGUGACACAGCUUUAUUAUGUUGUCCGCGGCCCCGAUUAUAUAUGUGAGGCGUUAAGAUAUAAUUAAGGUGUUUGUAAAACUGCUGAAUGAUGGAGCACUCGAAGAGAGCCAGAUCUGAGGAGUUGAAAAUUCUCGAGCCGGUUUUAAUAAAAACUGACGCGAACGACUACAUACGUAUUGACAAAAACGAGUUUAAAAUUGGACGCGCAAGAGACAAUGACGAGAUUAUAUUGGAUAUCAGUAUAUCUAGAAGACACUGUGUCUUUAAAUGUCGAGGCGAUGACGAAUGGACGAUUACGGAUGUAAGCUCUACCUCAACAUUUGUCAACGACGUUGCCAUUCGUUCCGGGAUAGAACAAAAAAUCUACCCUGGUGACAAGAUACAAUUUAGUCCCAAUGAAAUGUUCAAAUAUCAAUUUACUUUUGCCGAAAGAGAUCAUUGUGCUAAGAAGCCACGUAUAGACGAAAAGAUACUCGACACUGUUCUUGUAAAGCAGAAAACGUUUUCCGAAAAUCAAGAAUGCCAGAGGAAAGAGCUUAAAGAUAAACUUGAAACAAAGCAAAAAGAGCAUAUCGAAUUAAAGCAACAGCUCGAAGAUUUGUUGACGCAACAAACCAUGGCUAAAGACGACAAGGAGAAUUUAUUAAAACAAAUUACGGCAUUGGAAGAUAAAAUAAAGGCGUGUAAUGCUCAGGAAGGAAAUUUGAAUAGCAUGUAUUCUCAGUUAUUGGAGAAGUUGGAGAACGAAAGGCUGCAGUUUGAAGUGAGGCUAAACGAGGAGAAGCAGAAGUGGCAAGAAGCGUUGGACAUGAGCAAACAAGAAAAAGAGAUGUUAGAGGUAAAAAUGAGGGAUCAAAUGGAGAAAUGGAGAGAGGAGCAGCAAGCAGAAUGGAGAAGGAUGAUGGAGAACAAGGUAAAGGAAGAGAAAGAUAUUCAGGCCCAGUUAUUGAAUGAGAAGAUCAUGUUAGAAGCGAGAUUGAAAGAAACGGAGCAAGCUUUAAAGGAACAGGAAGCAAAAGCAGAAACUUCGCAGACGAUAUUGAAUGCAAACACAAACGAAACUAUCGCAAGUACAUCAGAGUGUAUAUUUUUAAAUUUGGAUCAAUACGAGGUUCCGGAAUAUGAAAUAAUAGAUACGAUAGACCUGACUGCGAUAAGUCAAAAUAUUCUGGAGACUAAUAUUAAGGAAAACGUUCUUGGAAAAGUGAGCGACAUUAUGGAUGAGCAGUUGACGUGUACCAUAUGCUCGGAAUUAUUUGUGAAAGCUUCGACAUUAGGUUGCGCGCAUACGUUCUGCAAUCACUGCAUAAAAAUGUGGAAUAAAAAACGGAGAGAUUGUCCCGUCUGUAGGAAGCCGGUAGUAUCGAUGACCAGAUCGUUAGUUUUAGAUAAUUUUAUUGAGAGUAUGAUCGAAAAUUUGCCCCCCGAACUUAAAAAUAGGAGAAAGGAGAUUAUACAAGAAAGAGAAGUAUUAGUUGCAGGAAAGAAGAAACGGUUUUAAGCGCGAGUUGGAUGAAACGCAAGAAGACGGAUACUAUAACAUUGUAAUUUUUAAUUUUUACGUUAAUUAUAUAUUAAGAAGAACAUUUGUUAUUGUCUAGUUAGUCGAUAAUCUGUACUGUGUGUUGGUGAAGUUUUGCUCUCUAAGUGCUCUCGAAAAUUUUCAGGUCCUUUUAUAAAAUGAAAUAUUUAAAACAUCUUUUUUGUAUUUUGCCAUUUAAUUUGCAUUGUCAUAUAAUAGCUAAAGUAUGCCGUUGUAUGUGAUUAAUGAAAUAUUUUUAUAAAAC